CUCGAACAGCUUCAAUAAUAAUCGAAUUUCGUCUAAUGAAUCGUAUAUCCGUUACAUGUAUAUCUCGUGUUGCGUGCUUUCUGGGCCCCUUUUACAUUCCAUGCUAACAAAUUCAGCAUGAAAUUAAGAUACGCGUGGAAUGUAUCGGACGGUGUGGCCAUUCAAGUGUCCAAAUGCUUUUGAAAAUCGUGCCAGACUGUAAUAGAGAUUUCUACGACCGUCAGACUGUGACGUGAACCUCUUUCCUCUACCAGACAGCUGUAUAACAGUUUUUACUGCCGCGGAAGAGAGAGAGAGAGAAAGAGAAUCUUUUUUCUUUCUUUUUUUUUUUUUUUUUUUUUUUUUUUAUCGCGAUACACACGGAACAGCUUAAGGCGCUUUGUAUCGCACAAAUCUAAAUUUACGUUCCUUUGAUGAGUUCUAAUGCUAUUUUCGUAUUCGAAUGCAUGUGGCCUUGACUUUGUGCCCUUCUUAACGCAUCAACUUUCGUUCUCGCAACCUGUAAAUGGCCACGUUUACUCGAUGAACUCUGAUCGGAAGGACAAUUAGACGGUCAUAAACAAGCAAUCUGUUCACUUUCAGUCAUCCUGAUGCACAUGUAUGAUAAAAUACGAAUUAAAAGUAGUAAAUUAAUUUUCUGAGUAAUUAAAAUUAAAAAUACGAAAUUAUUCAUGGUGUAGCGCGUAAGUCUAUCUAUUUGUUCUCUCAUUUGUUAUUUGAAGAGAAAGCAAAUAUUUUCCUAACGCCACUAACUGUCAUUGUAACGAUCUUGUCUAUCCACUUAACGAGCUAUUCCGUUCAUUUAUUCAGUUUUCGAGGAAAUGGUUCUUUUUUUUUUUGGUACGUCGAUCUCUUGUUUGCAAACGUGUAUUAUUAGUCUGCGAUCCCCAGUGGGUCGAUAAUCGUAAAAAUAAACGGUAUUCCGCGUUAUAUCUGGACUUGCGUAAGUAGAACCUUCCGAAUGGGUGUAUUAUUUUUAUUUCAAUAACGUAACGUGAUCUCGUAUACAUUGCUGGUGAAAAAAUAGACAUCGAAAGAGCAGCAACGGCGCGGCAUGGCGUACGCGAGGUAUCGAUGAGACUGUUGAAUUGCUCUUUUCGAUCCACGAUUAGCGAAUUCAUAGUAAAACGCGGUUACAUAAUCGUAGAUUGGAUUUUUGGGAUACGGAGCGUAAAAAUAGAAGAAAAAUUUUUAAGAAAUUGGGCGACAGAUUUAAAGAGGAACGCACUUUACACAGCACUUUGUCUCCAUUUCGCGGUACUGAUUAAUUAAUACAUACACUCGAGUAUGAAAUAUUACCCUGGUAACGUAUUCUGUAGUGUUUUCCAUUCGAACGACAUACGAAUGGCAACCGAAUACGUGUCGCGUAAUUCAUACGACCGUAUGUGUGACUACUUAUCGCGUUCUUACCGUGCACUCGACGCGUAAUGUUUAAAUAGCCUGUAAUUAAUAUGCGUGCUUGCCGAUGCUUCAACUAAUAAAUUACUAAAAAAAUGAUGUAAUUAUUUCGGAAUCGCUGAAUAUUCCAAUUGAUUGGCAACUUGGCAAAAUGCACUUUCUAGGUUGCUGAAGAAUAUUUUUUGCUAUUAAUAGUCGACCUUUCAGAAUUUUAGAUGCAAGCUUUGUUUUAUUGUAGAAAAUAAGGGAAUGUUCUUUUGGUUUGUUGAAUGUUAAUCAAUCAGGUGUCGCUCACUUUCUAUGAGCAAAAGUUUUGCACAUUCAUCUUUUGAUCCGUGUAAUUAUUUUUAUAUGCUAUAUUAUUAUUAAUUUUAAACUCGUAACGUUUAUAUUUUAGCAUCGUUGUCUUAAUAUCGUAAAUGAUAAAUACUUUGUUUUCGUAGGAAUCUAGUCUUGUCAUCAUUCCAUGCUUCUAAUUUUGCAUACUCAAGUAUUUGAUAUUUCUACUAAUACUACUAUUCACGAGUUUCCGUUUAUUCGAUUCAUAGUAUUAUUCGCUAUUUUUCAAUAGUUGAAGAUUGACUUAAAAAACACGAAAAUACACAUGUUUCAAAUUUCAAUAAUUCUGCCACGUUCAACAUUUACGCAGAGCAAGCAAGCCAGGAAUCUUCGAGUCCAUAAAUGCUUCAUUUCGAUAAGCACAAGCCAGAAAUAGAAUCGAAACAUUUUUCACGCAUCGCCUACAUUCUCCCAUUAUUUAUGAGCACGAUUAUCUAAACGGAAACUAAAAAUCCCGAAACAUGUUAUAUUACCAAUCGCGUUUAUUAAAGAGUCAAACGUUCAAUGGCUCUCCGCAACCAGAGUUACUUUUCUUUAAACUUUAGCACAGUGUCGAGUAACGAUAAUUUAAAAGUACCAACCGAUUACGUUUAAUUAGGUCUGCAAUAAUUUCACGUUCUUAUUGCCCUCCUGGCUCGUAAAUUCCCGGUUACAUUCAUUCGUUGCGAUCGCAGAUGUGCAAUCCGCGCCAUUCCGCGCGAUUUCAGCGCGGCAAAAUGCACGUGAACCGAUCCUUUGCUCGUAACCAGUCCCAUAAUUUGUCGAAUUGGAGCGGCGCUAUGGCAGUCGGCGGCAAAUACACCGGAUAAACAAUCGAUUAGCGCAGAGAUAAUGUAGAAUUGUUAAUUGAGAUCGAUCUAGUGGAACCAACGGCUUGGCGCCAACCAGGUAAACCGUUUGCUUAGCUUUUCUAAGGGAACUUUCGAUCCGCGGCACCGAUUCGGAAUUGAAACGGCCGCGGAAUGCAUUAGCGGUAAAAAAUAUCCUCGGCGCACUUUCAGUGAAUAAUUCUAUGUAAAAGCGAUUACGUUCGACAGGUCGACGCACGACCAAUAUACCGUACGUACACCUAUGUAGAUUCUCGUCCAACGCUCACUAACAACUGGACCAUGAAAGCAUUAUGUGCGUGUGUAUAGGUACGCGAAAUGGCAUAAAUCUAAUCAUAGAUUAACUGUAGAAAAGACCUGAAUCCAAUUAAUGUAGUUUAAAAGUUAACAAUUUUAAAAGAAUCGUGACAAACCAAAAGAAAACAGAAGUAAAUAAUUUGUUGAUAAUGCAGGCUGCAGCUUGGUCCAGAAAAAUGGGGACACGAUUUAAAAAUACAUAGAGAUCCGACACCUAUCUUGAGGGGCAUUCAAAAUAUUAUCCAAAGCGCUGGAUAUAUUUUCGCGUCCAAGUGCAUUCAUUCGACGAGAAGCAGGAAUAGUAGAUUUUUAAAACAGUCCUAAAAAUACCCGUGGAUUUCCUAAGAAGCAGUUGAGCACUCCAUCCCCUUGAUUAAUACUGUAACCACGUAGUUCCAUCGCCAGCACGCGUUUACAUAAAUUAUCGUUCUGGUUUAAUCAAAGUUAUAAUCAACGACGCAAUCUUGACGAACAAACAAAUUGGACAAAGAUUUACGCGUCCACUUAUGGCCUUGCUCUCUUGUCGAAACAUUGGUAGUCUUUCAAUUUCAAUCGUAAGAGCAGAAUGAAGGUAGGAGCAUGUUUGCACCUAGCAAGUUACAGAAUAAUCACAGAUAAGAUAGUAAGGCGAAAAACUGCGGGGAAUUUUACACGGAAUGUGUGCUGCAUAAAUAGAAAUUGUUCAAUAGAAAUUGUUUCGAUAAGAGCAUGUCAGCGACGUGCUUACGUAUUACUUGGAUAGAUGAUUUAAGAGUAACAAAGAGAAUCGUGACUAAAAUCGUGCAAUAUCUUCUGUGACAUCCUAAUAAUUAUACAAUCUGUGUCUCGCGCUGGUGUUCCUGGCUUAUUUUUAUCUGCCGCCGCGCGCCGUGCCGUUACCAUCGUCCGUGUAAAUAAUUUCCUUAUCUCCGCUAUCCUUCUAUCCGGGUCUAGUACGAUCGUUGAUCACAAUUUAGAUAUCACCCGGGAAAUUCCUCCGUGUCUUUGGAAUCCCGUACAAGGUAACACGGGGAACAGUAAAUAUGUAAUACUGCUCGAACACUGGAAAAAUGAAAUAGGAAAGUCUCUGGCGCGACGCGAGAUAGAGGACUCGGCUCGCGCGGGGAACUGUAGAAAUCCCCGAUCAAAUGGGGAAAAAUGAAAAAAUUCGACUUUUCAAUGGUCGCGGCCAUAUAUACAUAUAUUCACCGCGCGUCUAGUAAAUUCAGGUUUCGCGGAUUCUUCACCUUUAAAUAGGAUUUAGUAAGAGGCCAUAAAUCGCAUUGUUUGUAAGGUCGUAUCUCGCUUAACGAAGAAAAAAACUUGUACAUAUUACGUUGCACAGAGUGUAGAGUUUUGAAUGAAUUUGGAUACGUGUAAAAAGCUGCCUCGUCGAGAGGAGCGAUCUUCAACUUUACGAUAUUUAAGCGACUUAUGGUAUUAGGUGUUGCUUAUGCACGUCAGUUUCUCUGAAAAGGGUUUACAAUUUUGGUUGAAGCCUGAGAAAUAUACAGUAUGGGAUCUUGAAUCCAUUAUUUAUCUAAACUAAUAGUACUAAUUUUAUGCUUUGUAUAAAACAACGAUAAUAAGAAAAGUGGUAUGAAAUUUAAAAGAAAAAAAUAAAUAAAAGAAAGAUUACGAACAACUACGUUUCUUCAUAUCAAGAAAAUUUGUAACUAAUAAUCGAUAGUGGUCUGAAUUUCAUCGUUGUUAAAUUUAUUGAAAGUUGCACAUCAAAAGAAGACGUAUCUGUUAAAAAAUUCGUGGAAUGAUGAAAGACUGGAUGAGACAGGAAACGAAGAAGAAGAAGAAAGCGUGAGUGAAAUGUGUAAUCGUGAUUUCGAUGACAGUCGACGAAGUUAAAAUAGAACCAAAAACCGUGAUGCAACGCGAAACGACUGCCUGAAAUCGUGCUCGAGAGAACGAUGAAGAAUUCUUUGCGAAGCUCGUCGAGAAGAAGAGAAUUAACAAAGUUAUCGAAGAUGACGCCUGGAUUCUGAAGCAGCCGCACGAACGUUCGCCAAGAUGGAUCGAGCUGUCCUGUUCGUUCUAUUGAUAUCUACAACGUGUCUCUCAAGUUGCUGUUGCGGACAUUUGAUCGAUGGGAUUUUCACGGAACCGACCUUGGAGCGGGGUUACAAUCUCGUAGCCACUGUCCCGAGAGGUGCUCUCGCUCUGAACGUGACCCAACUGCGUCACACGGAGAAUUAUUUGGCAAUCAAACUGCAAGAUGGAAGUUAUUUAUUCAAUGGAAAUUACAGUAUUAACUUAUCUGGUAAAUACCAAGCGGCUGGAACCACUUUUGUUUAUCUUCGUCAAGGUCCCCAAAAUUUGGAAAGCUUUUCUGCUACUGGGCCACUGCAAGAACCGAUUGAUGUAAUGGUUCUGUACCAAGAACCGAAUCCAGGUAUUGUGUAUCGGUAUGUCAUCCCUGGAAAUGUAAACGUUCCAACAAACUCUCAUUUUGGGCAUAAGACAGUUGCCAUUAAAACUGCCGAACCUAUCGUUCCGAAUAUACCUCACAGAAGAGCAGAUAAUGGACCCCCGAAUAUCGAUGGAACUCAACCAUUUCUCCCGAAACGCUACAAGAAACGAAAAUUUGUUUGGAAGUCCACUGGCUACACCGAAUGCAGCAGAUCCUGUGGAGGAGGUACCCAGUUAGUCAAGUACACCUGCAUAAGAGAACACACGCAGACACAGGUACCUGAGAAGAGGUGCCACGCGUUGGAGAAGCCGCGAGAAAUUCAAUUACGGUGUAAUACUACACCCUGUCCACCCAAAUGGAGAGCCAGCCCUUGGAGCGAGUGUUCUGUUACCUGCGGUACCGGGACACGUGUCAGGGACUUGGAAUGCGUGCAAGAAAUCAAACCGUCGCUAAUAAUGCGAAUAGCCGACGGUGCCUGUAUGGAACCGAAAAUUCUUCAAACGACCGAGGUUUGCGAAAUGCCAGCGUGCGAAUAUGACGUAAAAAUAACACCGGCGCCGUUACCGCCUUCGCAAUGGAACGUGGGCACGUGGUCAUUGUGUUCGACGUCUUGUGGGCCAGGUAAACGGACGAGGCUCGCCACUUGCUCCGCACAAAGUUCUUGUGAUCCUGAAUCGAAGCCUAACACACAAGAAGCUUGCGAUUUGGGACCAUGCUUGGCCAAAUCACCGCAAGUAAACGGUGUGUCUACGAGACUCCAAAGUCCGCUGUGGUUAUACACCGAAUGGACCGAAGGGUGCUCGGCCGAAUGCGGAACUGGUGUGCAAACGAGAAAGGUCUUCUGCGAUAACAGUCCAGAGGAGGAAUUUUGCGAGCAAUCGAGUCGACCCGAAACCUCCAGAAGCUGUUCAAGUAACAGAACCUGCAGUGGGCAAUGGUUUACGGGACCUUGGUCCGAGUGUUCCACGGAAUGUGAUUCAGGAGAACAGGUUAGAGAAGUAGUUUGCGUAACGACCCUUCGCGGAGCCCUUCGCGUGGUUCUGGAUAUGAACUGCCCCGCUAACAAACCGGAAACAAGGAGACCAUGCAACCGUCCACCGUGUACGUCCAUGUGGUUCAUAUCAGACUGGACAGAGUGUUCCCGGUCAUGCGGAAAAGGUAUUCAGAAAAGGGAAGUGAGGUGUCUGAAUAGCGAGGGUCAACCGCCUGAACAUCACGAGCUUCACUGCAAGGACAAGGACAGACCUAUAUCUCGAAGGACCUGCAACGACUACCCUUGCAAGGACGACGUGCACGGAUCUGAAAACCAUCAUAGAGUUCUGCAAGUUCAAAACGAUCCAGAAAUUUCAAAUGGACUGGAAGAAAAUGCACUUUGCAAGGACAGUAUAUCGAACUGCAAUUUAGUAUUGCAGGCUCGGCUCUGCACUUAUCACUUUUAUCAGCAGCAGUGCUGCCUCUCGUGUUCCAGAGCGAAGCAAGAAUUAGAAUGAGAAUCUCUCGCAACCAUUCAAGUAUAAUUUUAAUGUAAAUGUAACGUUUCUUGAUUAAUAGUUGAUAUCGCGACCGAAUCAUCGAAAGUAACUCUAAACGUUAUACGUGUCGCUGUAGGUUUACUUACCCUUGCACUGCCAGAUAAAAUACUUAAUGACUACUUUUAAACAAAGUGUUUUUGAAUUAUGUACGGAAAAUUAAUUGGUUGACAGAGCGUGUUACCUAGAGCAAGAAAAUUUUAAUAAAUAUCCACUCGAAAAGUAAUCAUUUUUUUCUUUUAUCAAAUAAUAGCUAUUUAUUUAUUAUAGAGUGUUUGAUAUAUCGAGCGCUUCUAGAAAUCUUAUUUAACAAUUCAUUCGAAAAAUUCUUUAAAUUCGUGGAACAAUUUGUCUAAUUUUUCAGACUUGAAAAUUAAGUAAUUGGACAUCUCUGAAACGAUUACUCUUCAGGCAUGUAUUUAUUAAAAAAUACAUUUCUGCUCCUUCUUAUUAGCUUUAUUAGCUAGCUAUAUUUGUAACUAUAAUUUCGAAGCAUAAUCCAUCGGUGUUCUAUUUAAAAGGAUAUAUAUAUGGAACAAUUUUUUAUUUUACGAAACCUUUAGAAAGAUGAGCAAUUCGAUGCUUCGUCUUCGACGUGUCCAAUCGGCGUGCGCAUGUUGCUUUUGUAAACGAUAAUAAUGAAAUAACAUAUGCAACGUUUUAUAACCUUUAGAAAACGGAUUACUAAUCGCUUUACAAUUAUUGUAGAGAUUAAAGGAUCGGCGAGUACACUGAUUCUCGCUGAUUAUUGUGAACCGAUUUAUCUGUGAACAUUGUGCCUUUGGAGCGUACGAAUUGUUUCGAUCUCUUAUUGGACUGUCACGUGACUUUGUGUAUAAUUAAAUUUCGAACGACGAUUGAAAACGUCGACGAGAAAUUAUAGACUGACUGCGUAAAUUGUAACGAGGCAAUAUUGCCAUAAAAUUUGUAUUAUUCUCCGUUACCCGUACUUGCCAUAAUAAAUGUUAUGCUUUCUA